UAAGCAAGUACUUACAGCCCCGCAAUCGACGAAGGACAACAAUCAUUUCAGGACUGAAGUACACAGUGAAAUGCUGAAUUUCUCGAUCAGUUUUGACAACUACAGCUAGCAUCAAUACCAGUUAUCUUCGGUGCUUUUUGAAGGCUUAAGGCAUUGCAGUUAUGGCAACCUCAACUGCAACCAUGACGACAACCGCAAUCGAAGUCUCCAGCUCGGGCACUGAAGUUCCGCUCCUGAGCUCCAUGCGAGGAUAUCCAGACCCAUCGAACCAAGACGACCCUGUGGCAAGGUUCAACGUUCCCAAGGACGAUGAUCCGUCUGUUGUCACGCGAUUUCCACGCCCACCACGGUUCGCAGACAAGUACGAAGAGAGAGAAUACUUGAAGGGACGCCUCGCACUUGCCUUCCGCAUCUUUGGUAAGAGAGGAUUCGAUGAGGGUGUGGCGGGCCACAUCACACUUCGUGAUCCAGUGGAUCCAAACACCUUCUGGGUCAAUCCUUUUGGCGUCUCGUUCAACAAGAUAAAGAAGUCAGAUCUUAUCCUGGUUGACGAAGAGGGUAACGUUAUCGGUGGCGGCCGCUGCAGACUCCUCAACACCGCUGCAUAUAUGAUCCAUUCAGCAGUCCACAAAGCCCGACCGGAUGUUCUGUGCGCCGCACAUUCACAUAGUCUCUACGGCCGGGCCUUUUGCUCCCUUGGACGGCCGAUUGACAUCAUUACUCAAGACUCUUGUGUGUUUUAUAAUGACCUGGCGGUCUACCGCCAAUUCGGUGGAAUUGUUUUCGCAAAGGAGGAGGGCGAGAAUAUUGCCAAAGCUGUCGGCAACAAGAAAGCGUGCCUCCUUCAGAACCACGGUUUGUUGACUGUCGGCCAAACCAUAGAAGCAGCCGUCUUCUGGUUCUGCUCUCUCGAGAAAUGUUGUCAAGCCCAACUGCUUGCUGAUGCUGCCGCUGCCGGCCGUGGCGCCUCCACAAUCAAGAUCACUCCUGAGGAUGCCGCAUACACCGCCAGUUCUGCAGGAGCACCUUGGCCUGGUUGGUUCAGCGCGAAGCCGAUGUUUGACGACAUGGAAGCAGAGGUGGGAGAAGAAGUUUUUCAAUAG